UCACCCAAGGGCAUAUCCAUCAUUUUAACAUUCAUCUUCUAUUACACAACUCUUCCGUAUUUAAGACACUUCAACUCUUCACAUGACUUUCAAAAUCUCUCUCUCAUCUCUCGUGUUUUGAUUUGUGUAUAUAUAAAGAUUACAUAUUUAUUUAAUUUUCUGGAUCAAGAAGAGAGAAAGUUCUCCAUGUUCUAAUUAUUUCACGAACACCCCAAGCUACAACAAUGGCGGUUUAUGUCGAGAAGAAACACUGGUGGCUCCGUAACAAGAAGGUUUUAUGUUCUCCCCAUAAUUUUCAGACAAAUCCCAUGUGCAUUGUUUUUCUUUUCGAUCUGAACGAGUUCUUGUUUUUUAUUUUUUUCAAGAUCGUGGAUAAGUACAUGAAGGAAGCAAAGAAUCUAAUAGCGAGUCAAGAUCCAAACGACGUCGAAUCAGCUCUAAACCUUCUCGAAUCUGCUCUCUCCCUCUCUCCUCGUUACGAACUCGCUCUCGAACUCAAAGCCAGAUCGCUUCUCUACCUCCGUCGAUUCAAAGACGUCGCCGAUAUGCUCCACGAUUACAUUCCGAACCUUAAAUUCUCCGGCGAAGACUCCGGCAUCGGUUCAUCUGAAUCGUCUCGAGAAUCAGUCAGCCUUCUGAACGAGUUGCCGAGUCACGGCGAUGGCUCGUCUUUUAAAUGCUUCUCCGUCUCCGAUUUGAAGAAGAAAGUCAUGGCAGGGUUAAGUAAAAACUGCAACGAACAAGGGCAAUGGAGAUAUUUAGUUCUUGGUCAAGCUUGUUGCCACCUAGGUCUAAUGGAGGAGGCGAUGGUUCUUCUCCAAACCGGUAAACGGUUAGCCACCGCCGCACUCCGCCGUCAAAGCAUCUCCUUAUCCGACGACAGCUUCAUCCUCUUCUCCUCCUCCUCCUCCGACGCCGCUUCCUCCCCUCCUCCUCCCUCCUCCGCGCGAUCUCUAACCGAAUCCGAAAGCGUCGCUCACUUGCUAUCUCACAUAAAACUCCUCUUACGCCGCCGCGCCGCCGCACUCGCCGCUCUCGACGCCGGACUCUACACCGAAUCAAUCCGUCACUUCUCCAAGAUCCUCGAAAGCCGCCGCGCCGCGCCGCAGGGAUUCCUCGCCGAGUGUUUCAUGCACCGCGCAUCGGCGUUCAGAUCCGCCGGGAGGAUCGCCGAGUCCGUCGCCGAUUGCAACAAGACGUUAGCGUUGGAUCCGUCGUGUCUCCGAGCGUUGGAGACGAGAGCCGCGUUGUUAGAGUCCGUGCGGUGCUUCCCUGACUCGCUUCACGAUUUGGAGCACUUGAAGCUUCUUUAUAAUUCUAUUUUACGUGACCGGAAACUUCCCGGUCCGGUUUGGAAACGGCAUAAUGUCCGGUAUAGAGAAAUACCGGGGAAGCUAUGCGUUUUGACGACGAGGAUUCAGCAAUUGAAGGAGAGGAUCGCUAACGGUGAAAUCGGAAACGUUGAUUACUAUGCUCUGAUGGGAAUCAGACGCGAUUGCUCGAGAUCGGAGCUGGAUCGAGCUUACUUGUUGUUAAAUUUAAAGCAUAAACCGGAGAGAUCAAUGUCGUUUAUUGACCGGUUUGAGUUAACCGAGGAUGAGGAGGAAUUAGAUUCGGUUAAGGAUCGGGCUAGGAUGUCGACUUUGUUACUGUACAGGUUGAUUCAGAGAGGCUACUCCGUUGUGACACGUGACCUUGCGGCGGCAGAGAAGCAGCGUAAGGAAACGCCGAUUAGAGCGGGUGCGGUUGCUGCGGCGAAUAGUAAUAAUAAUGUGAAUGUGGUGAAAGGAGUGUUUUGUAGAGAUUUGACGGUGGUUGGGAGUUUGAUUUUACGGACCGGGUUUAACCAACCGAUUCCGGUUAAGUACGAAGCGCUUAGUUGCUGAUUUUGUAUGUACAAUAGAAAAAGACGGAUCACAUUGGAUGAAAUUAUGGAUAAUGAGAAUAUUGUCUGCCCGAUAGUUUUUGGAGCUUUCUCUCUUGUUUGUUUCUUCUUUAUUCUUCUUCUCUCUUU